UUGCUGGCUGGGAGAGUCUUCUUGACGAUUUCCCAUGUGUCACAUAGCUCCGUAGAAUUCAGCUUCUGAGAACCAGCCGGAAGCAUGCAGUGACAUUGCAUCAUCUGCCUCUGAAGCCAGAGACGGCAGUGGAGCGCAGCAGAGCCGUUUUGCAUCACCGACAUGAGGGGAACUGGCAUCAGGGAUGGAGCACCCAAGGCACUACUGGCCAGAGCGCUCUAUGACAACCACCCCGACUGCUCCGAUGAGCUGGGUUUCUCCCGAGGAGACAUCUUGACCAUUCUGGAACAAAACGUGCCGGAGAGCGAGGGCUGGUGGAAGUGCCGGCUGCACGGGAGGCAGGGCUUGGUCCCUGCCAACCGCCUCCAGGUCCUCACCGAAGCCCCCGCGGAUGGAUCCUGUGCCCCCUUGCCAGGAGAAAGGAGCUCAGGGGAGACCUGCCAGGUGCCCAUGCUGCUGCACCCUGCACCCCCAGGCCCUGUGUACGAGCCGAUGAGGAGCUGGGUGGAGGGACCCCUGCCACCUGCUGCCCAAGCCUAUGAAUUCCCUGACCCAGCCCCCAGCGCCAGAAUCAUCUGUGAAAAGACUGUAAGCUUUCCCAAACAGGCCAUCUUUGUGCUUCCCAGACCUUCAAGCGCCUCGCUGCCAGCUCUGCCUUCCCAGGUGUAUGAUGUGCCUGUGCAGAGCCGGGUCCCCUCAGCCCUUAAGGAACCGGAGAAGCAGCAGCUGUACGACAUACCGCCCAGCCCCCAAAAGGCAGCACCCUGUCUUCCAGCCAGUCAAGCAGGCGACCUUCCGCUGACCCCAGUGAUCGCUGUCAGAAGAGAGGGCUACAAAACAUUGCCAACCCCUCAGAAAUCAGAAUGGAUUUAUGACACUCCAGUGUCUCUAGGAAAGGCCAACGUCAGGAAUACGCCUCUAACCAGCUUCGUGGAAGAAGCAGAGCCAAAUGCUGCCCCCAAUUCAAUCUCUACUUUCCACCGACCUCCAGAUGGCAGAGCCGGGAUCGUCCCUCCACAGCCAUGUAAAAAUGUGCCCAUGCAGAAGAAUCUCAGCCUCUCAGAAGUCCCUUCCUACACCUUCCCAGGGCCCAGGGACACAUUCUCUUCAGAAGCAAGUGGCAGCUACAAGGUGCCUUCCAGCUUUCUGAUUUCCCGAGUGGAGCAGCAGAACACCAAGCCCAACAUUUAUGACUUCCCUAAAGCAACGCCAAGUGUGUCGCAGGCCGGAAAAGAAAUGGGAAAAGCCAAGGAGCCUCCAGAGAACCCCAGGGGCCAUAAUUCCUCCUGGUCCUCCAGACGAACAACCUCCCUAUCUCCAGAACCAGACAGAUCAUCCAUUUCCAGCUCUGACAGCAGAGCCAGCAUGGUUUCUUCCUGCUCCUCCAUGUCCACUGACUCCUCCUCUACCUCCUCCUUGGAGGAGUCAGUUAAGGAGUUCUCCCUGGACCUGAACUUGGCCAAAGAGACAGUAAUGGCCCUACAGCACAAGGUGGUCAGUUCUGCAGCAGGCCUGCUGCUCUUUGUAAGUAGGAAGUGGAGGUUCAGAGACUCUCUGGAGGCCAACAUUGAUGCGAUCCACAGGGCUGCUGACCACAUAGAAGCAGCUUUAAGAGAAUUUCUGGAUUUUGCCCGAGGAGUUUGUGGGUCUACCUGCAACCUCGCUAACAGUCACCUUAGGGCCAGAAUUCGAGAUCAGCUACAGACAAUCUCCAAUUCCUACCAGAUCCUGCUAGAAGCAAAGGAAAACCUGGACAGCUGCAAUUGGUCCCUCGAAGUUCUUGUGACAGACAAAUUUCAAAACAACCCCGAUGACCUUGAGAAGUUUGUCACGGUGGCACGGAUAGUUCCAGAAGAUGUCAAGAGGUUUUCCUCCAUUGUCAUUGCCAAUGGGAGAUUGCUUUUUAAGCAGAACUUUGAAAAAGAAGAGACCACCCAGUUGGUCCCAAAUGCAGAAUUUAUGUGUGAAAAAUGCAUCCAGCUUCCACAAAGAGAAACAGAAUCAUACCAAAGGAAUGAUCCUUUUAAUAAACCAAGGGAAAGUGCCCAGUCCCCUGAACUAGUUAAGAAAAAUGGGACAAGUGCCUGUGAACAGACGUUACCUAACCUAGAAGAAAAAGAAACAUCCAUCUUGGAACAAAAGUUAUAUGAAAACAAAGACUUGGGCACAACGAACCCCGGCUCUCUUACGCAUCAGCCUCUGAGUCAGCAGCACCCCGGGAGGAAGGUGCACCUCUCUGAACACUGCCGCCUCUAUUUUGGGGCGCUCUUCAAAGCCAUCAGUGUAUUCCACAGCAGCCUCAGCAACAGCCAGCCUCCAGAGAUCUUUAUCACUCAGAGCAAGCUGGUCAUCAUGGUGGGGCAGAAGCUGGUGGACACGCUGUGCAAGGAGACCCAGGAGAAGGAUGUGCGCAAUGAGAUCCUCUGUAGCAGCAGCCACCUUUGCGGGCUGCUGAAGGACUUGGCACUGGCCACCAAGAAUGCAGUUCUCAACCCGAGCCCUGCAGCCCUGAGGCACCUCCAGGCUGAGGCCAAGAAGCUGGAGCAUCACACACGGCAGUUCAGAGGGACGUUGGAUUGAGGCCAUGCUGUCUCCUCCCUCAGAUUACUUCUUAGCUUCUCCACACAACCUGGGCAACUCUGUCCCCUGGGGAAAGUCACAGAGCAUACACGGAUGGGCCACGACAGCCACUGUGCCCAGAGCCAUAGUACCAAGCAGCUGAGCAACUUCAGGACACUGGCUUACCCCCAGGGGGCAGGAAAGAGAGUCGGGUGUUAAGUAAGGAUCUUAUGAGGUGGACAUGCCGUCCAGGGUAUACAGGGUCACUGUUGGAAGUAAUGUCAUAGAAGUCAUUUCUUUUAAUGUUGGUUAAAUAUGUGUGUGGUUUACAUUCACUCAUUCAACACUUAUUUAUUGGGCACUGACUGUAAGUCAAGUUCUAGGGCUGGAGACACAGCAGCGUGUCAGUGGCCAUGUCCUCACAAAGCUCACAGGCCAAUAGCAAAGACAGAUGAUAAAGGGAUUAAGAAACGCAUCCACAGGGGCUGGGAUGGUGGCUCAGUGGCAAAGCACGCACCCAGCAUGUGUGAGGCCCCCCACAUAAAAAAAUAAAAUAAAGACAUUGUGUCCAUCUACAGCUAAUACACACAAUCUACAAUAAAUGAGAUGCAGGGAGAAAAUAAAGUCCAGGAAGACAAAGGAGCUUAAUUUCAAAAGAUACAUUUCUGUUGCAUCCAUUAGAAAUGUAAGAAGUUUUUUUUUUUUUCCAUUUUGGAUUGAAUUAAUUCCAUAAGGUUGGUACAAGUUGUGUAUGUUUCUUGCACCAAAAGUGUAUUUUUUUGCUCUCUUUUCUUACUGUGGUUAGACACAUGUUAUAUAUUUGCCACACACUUUCUGUUGUGUUCCCUAUUAACUUAUUUUGUAUAUUGUAGAUUCUGUAUUGAGAAGUUCUACUGCUCAAUUAGGAAAAGUUUAUAUUUCAACAGUUUCAACUCUGUUACAGUAAUAAUAUUUAAAUAUAACCAUGAA